AUGUCAAUAGAUUCGGCGGCUCUUUUACAAACAAUAUGCACAAUCAGAAAGCAGCUCACAAGAGGAAUAACAGUUGCAAUAGAGAACUUCCAUGAACACUAUCAUCUGAGGAACAUGGAAUACUAUUGCGAGACUGACUGCUACAACGCUCCAACCAUUUCGAUUUCUCCUGGGAAAUGGGGAAUAGGAGCAUUUAGGUCUUCAAUGACAUGUGGCACACGAGGCCUUUUGACGUACGAACUCCAAAGUGAAUCCUUUGCCCUCACUGAUCGACUGUUUCUGAUCAUCGGUUGGCACGUGCCUCUUGUUGGUGACAAUAGCUUUUUCCUUCACGUAGCUCAGGUAGAAUCACCCGAUUUUCCCACAAAAGAGGCAGAAAGAGUAAGGGUAUAUGAAUUUCUAUCGCGGAAGAAGAUGAGGGCCGGAAAGAGCAUAUUUUGUUAUGUAAGCCCGGAGAUCGUUGAUGAUCAAAAGCAGCAGGUGAAAGAGAAAGAGGAUGGUAAAGCAGACAAUAUGCCCAAGAGUUGUUUGACUGUAUGUGCAUCAAUGGCUACAACCUCAAUGGCCAAUCUUAGAGUGGAGAUCCAUCCAUACCAGUUUGCACAAGAUGAACAGAAAACCGAAGGAACUAUACACAUUGCUGGACCUCCUCAAAAAUUUUCUUUUACGAAAUUAAUGGAGGAACGGUUUGCAAACGCCGAAAUUAAAGUCAACGAUGCAUUAGAAAAAUUUCUUGGAAUUAAGCCUGAAUCUACAGUGAAAGACACUAGAAAAAACAUUUGA